AUGCGCGGCACAAGGGCAGCCUUCUGUUCAGCUAUCUACCUCAUCCAACCGUCCUGCCACAACUUCACCUUCCAGCAUCUCCACACGAGCAAGAUGAUCCCGCCCGACACGCAUGGAUACGCACCCUCCGAGAAAGGCAGCAACAAUUCUCACAUUGGUUACCACCAUGAGGACCUCCCACCCCCAGCAUACGCCGAGGCUGUCGAUCGUUCAGAGGGCUAUGCUCCACCGUCUCUGGAACUCAGGCGGUCCGACAGACUCGGGGGCACCUUUGUAGACGCUUAUCCUCCCCGCGCACAAGAUGAUUGGCGUCGAUCGAUACCACCCGAUGUCCAUAAUGCCAGCUCUAUGUCCAUGCCUUACGAGGGACAGCAGCAGCACAACGAGAGGUCCUCGGGCCGCGGGGCAUAUCAGUCAAACGUUGGGUACCCCGGGCCACCCACAGGGAUGGCCAGCCAAACGCAGGCUGCAUACGCGAGCACUUCCGGGAUGGCCAGCCGGCCGCAGAGAUCCUAUGCGUCCCAGCACAACACGUCCUACCAGAGUCAUGCUGCUGAUGGGACACCCUUCUAUGGUGACGACUAUCCUGCACCCGCCAGAUAUGCAUCCAGUCCCGGCUUCAAUGGAAGUACCCAGACGAACACAAGCGCAAGCCGCCACACUGGUCCUGAGCUCGGGAUGAGACCUCCGGGUGGGGGAUAUCCCCAUGCGAUUAUCCCCGGCUCCUGCGCCUUCGCGGGGGGAGGCGGCAUACUUGAGCACCUGAGGAAAGCAGCCCCUGGGCAGAGCGUCAGCGAGCUCGUCGAUCCGCCGCCACCGUCAUUCCUCCGGUCACCACGUCUGGACCUGCCAUACGAGCCAUUCGAGCCAGCGUUCCUUGCGAGCCUGAGCAAGGACCUCGACAAGGGAUUCCCUCAGGUCCCACCGCCAUCGAGGGCUGUACCGCACCCGUUCGCGACGCACGACGUUGCUGAAGACGACUGGCAGCGGUUUCUGCAUGAUGUCAAGGUGGCAGGCUCGCUUUCGCCCGCGAACCGCAUAGCAGCCGCGGUUGCACCGAUAUCCAUGCAUGCUGGACUGACGGGCAUGCUGGUGACGAAAGGAAUCGAGCAUGUAAUGAGGAAUAAGAAGACUGGCGCUGUGGGCGAGUUGAUCGAUCUGUGGAACGUGUAUUUCUUCCAUCCGCGGCGGAUGACCGUCGUCCUUGCAAAGGGUUCGGUAACCUAUAAUGGGCCUGACGGUGCACCCCCGCCAGAUGCGACCGUGCACGAGGAUGACAGCAGUAGCUCAAGCAGUUCCGAAGAUGAAGGUCACGAACAGGUUGGCGGGAGACAUGCGACGAAGGAUCAGAGACGGCAGGAGCGCAGAGCGCGGAAGGCGAAGCGCAAAGCACAGAAAGACGAGCGCAAAGCACGGGAGGAGGAGCGAAAGAAGGAGCGGAAGGCGGAGCGAAAGGCUCGCAAGGGAAAGAAGAAGGAAGAUGAGAAGUGGCGAUUGAUCAUUGCUUACCAGCCCGACGGCGGGUUCUGA